AGGGCAGGAGAGGCCCCCGUGUAAUCCUUGAUGGGAAUUAAAGACGACCGUUGGACGUAAUUUGCUGUUUAUACAUGGUGAGAGAGCAGGGGGAAUACACCUAAACCACCAAUUCCUUCAAACAAACCCCUCUCUCUCUUCGAUUCAAAUACCUCUCUCUCUCUGAAUCGACAUCACAAAUUCUUCUCGUUCAGAAGCAUAUGUGCUCUUUUAGGUAUGUGCUCUUUUAGGUUUCCGCUCGAAUCACACAUCUGCUCACAAAUCCUAGGGUUCUUUGUGCCGUAAUUUUCUCUCCAGAAAAUGGCCGGAAACAUCCGAAUCUCAGACGACGAAGGUAAAAACCCCACUCUCACUCCACGAAAAUAAGGAUUUCCGAAACAUUCGCCCGAAAUUUGUGGCGCUCCCUUUUUUUUCUUUUUUUCUUUUUCUGUUCGCUCGUUUUGUGCAGAUGAACUCGAUGCUGCAGAGAACGAGAUAGAACCCGUCGAUGGUGAUGCCGUCAACGAUGACGAAGAUGAGGAAGACGCAGGGACGAAAAGCACUGUACAUGUUCACAACACCCCCCCACCCCCUCUCUAUAAAUCGUGACAUUACAGAUUCUUCUCAUUCAGAAGCAUCUGUGAUCUCUUAGGGUUUUCGCUCGAAUCACACCUGCCCACAAAUCCUAGGGUUCUUCGUGCCCUAAUAUUAUCUCUAGAAAAUGGCCAGAAACAUCCAAAUCUCAGGCGACGAAGAUGAACUUGAUGCUGAAGAGGACGAGAGAGAACCGGUCAACGGUGACGUCGUCAGCGACAACGAAGGGCUCAAAAUUUACAACAAGCCAUUGAAGCGGCCAUUGCUAGACUUAGAGAAGCUUCCAAUCUUGGAUUCUUCUGGAGAAAUGCCACCCCGACUGAUGGAUCCUAAGAAAACAAGGCAGUAUAUGGGUAUGGUACAGGUGCGUGGAAAGACAAGGCAGAAUGAGAGGCUUCAAGUGGUUAAGCAUGAAGGAGAUGGUGGAGAUGAUUUUGAUGAUCCUGAUUUACCCAAGUUUGUGUGUGACCUGUGUUUUAGGAACAAAUCUAUGUUUAAGGAGCUCUGCUGGAAUCAUAAAUGUGUUAACUUUCCUUGGGAGGAAAUCCAAACAAGCAUUCUAAGGUAUUUGGUUUAUGUGCAGUUACAAGAGAACUAAAUUUCGGGAGGAUUAUAGUAGGUGUACAACCUCCCACUAUCUAUACUACUACUUUUAAAAUGUACGAAGAUAUUUUCUCCUUUUUGCUUUCCACAAAUAUCCCAACCACUUGCAACUAAUACCAGCCCUGUCCUACACCUAUUCUCAAACACAAUACAACGGCUCCAACCUGCAACGAUGCACCGCAUCACUCCCGCGCCUCCACACCAAAUCAGUGAAUAUGUCUCUGAAC